UCAGGGAAAGUGCCAGGCAGGUAUACCUGUCUCUCCCAGAUGCCGAGACUUGAGACCCAGAAAUCUCCCAUGGCUCCUUCUCAUAUUCGCCAGUACCAGGACAGUGACUAUAAACGUGUCCUGGAUUUGUUCAUAAGCGGCAUGGAGGAGCACAUACCCGCCACCUUCCGCCACCUGCUGACACUGCCCCGGACCCUCCUGCUAUUACUUGGGGUGCCGCUUGCCGUGGUCCUGGUGUCUGGCUCCUGGCUGCUAGCUGCUAUGAGCAUCUUGUUUGUGCUCCUUCUCAUGCAGCUCCUUGCCAGACGUCCCUGGAAGGAGUAUGUGGCCAAGUGUUUGCACACAGACAUGGCUGACAUCACUAAGUCCUACAUGAAUGCCCGUGGCUCUUUCUGGGUAGCUGAGUCUGGGGGAGAUGUGGUGGGCAUCGUGGGCUGUCUACCAGUCAAGGAUCCCCCAUUAGGGAGGAAGCAGCUGGAGCUCUUUCAUCUGUCUGUGUCCUCACAGCACCGUGGACAGGGGAUAGCGAAAGCACUGGUUAGAACUGUCCUCCAGUUUGCACGGGGCCAGGGUUACAGUGAUGUUGUUCUUGGGACCAGUGUCUUGCAGCGAAGCGCUAUGGUCCUCUACCUGAGUAUGGGCUUCAGGAGAACAGAUCGGUACUUCUUGAGUAUAUACUGGAGGUUAGUAGAUAACCCUACAUUUCAAUUAACAUAUUCCCUCCCUUCUGCCUAGUAAGUGGGAAUGAGACCUUAGCUCCUGUGCAGCAAACAGGCCCUGCUUCAUGUUCCAGGAACCA